GUCUCUUUCUCUCUCUCUCUUUCUCUCUCGUAUAUAUAUAUAAACGACAUGACAGUGAAUGACACGUAAAUGCAUGAAUAACUGUAAUCCAAUAAGAUAAUAUAAUUUUGAACUGUGAUAUUCUGCAUUGUAAGUAAUUUUAGUUUUUGUACUUUGAGUAUAUUCUACUGAUACCAAUACUUUUGCACUUUUAUUUAAGUUACAUCUGGACCUUUACUUGCAAAACAGCAUUUCUCCACUGUGGCACAACUACUUUUACUGACAAGAAAGUAUUUCUACACUGUAUUACUACUUUUACUUAAGUAAACGAUCUGAGUGCUUCUAACAACUAAUUAAACUAAACCGUGCUUCAAAAGUAACCCAUUAUUCGUGCCCCUUAAUAACGUGUUCCAUGAAAUUCACACACUUGCCAGAAGUUAGUUUCUAUUUACAUGGGUAUAAUUUUACUAAGGUAUACAAGUGAUUUUAUAAAAAUCCUAUACACUCCCUUUUGUUAAAAGAUUAACAGGAAGAAAAUAAGACAGAAUGCAUAAUCUAUGCAUUUACAAACACUUUAAACACGUGUGACAAACAUAAACAAAGAAGAAAAAUAAGAAAUGCAAACGCAUAUUGAACGGAAACUGAAAAUAACUUAUUAGAGUUUUGGAUUUCCAUUUCCCACCGAGGGAAUGAAAGUUUAUUGAGAGAUGAAAACUUCACUAAGAUACUUAUUUCCCGUUUCUUAGACUGUUAUUAAAAUACAUGUGUAUUCUAACAUAGUUUAAAACGAAAUUAAAUGUUGGUUUUAAAGACUUGCAAAGGCUCACACAAAACUAUUGUCGUCGCAGCUCUCCACUAAAACAUCAUCACUGAUGAUGUCACUGUUCUCACGAUAGUUUAUUGGAGGAGCGACAGGAAGGGAUUUUAUUACAUGGACUUCACGGUUGGUCUGCGUCCGAGGAAAGGUUUUCUUUUCAGAUCCUCGUAUCAGCAAGAGGACGGUUUAUCCACGUUUCAGCACAUUUCAACAGUAUAAUUGUGGAAUCUGAGCGAUGGCGCAUCAUAUCCGUUUGUUGUUCGGGAGAGGGUUCGUUUCCGCAUUUCUCUUUCUUUCUGCUAUGAUGACUACGGUAUCUACCGUCACCCAUUAUUCUGUUCCAGAAGAAAUGGAGGAAGGCUCUGUCGUUGCUAAUUUAGCAACUGAUCUGGGAUUAGACGUGAAGACUCUGAAUAAAAGACGAAUGCGCGUAGACGCGGUAGGUAACAAAAAAUAUCUUGACAUCAACAAAGACACAGGAGAGCUGUUCAUUCUGGAAAGGAUAGACAGAGAGUUUUUAUGUCCACUGAAAACAACUUCAUAUUGUUUUCUUAAAUUAGACGCUACGAUUGAAAAUCCAAUUCGCAUGUUUAAUAUUGAGGUGGAAAUCACGGAUAUUAAUGACAACGCUCCUCAUUUUCGACGAGGAACGAUGCACCUGGACAUCUCUGAAUCAAGCCCCGUUGGAGAGAGAUUCUCACUGAAUAAUGCUGCAGAUCCAGAUGUUGGAGUGAAUUCUGUGAAAGAUUAUCAUCUCAGCUCAAGUGAAAAUUUUGCACUUGAAAUUCAAACCGGACGAGAUGGAUCAAAGUUUGCUGACUUGGUUUUGAAAAAAUCUUUAGACAGAGAGCAGCAGGCUGUUCAUAAUCUGAUACUCACUGCUGUGGACGGUGGAGUCCCCACGCGCACAGGUACAGCCAGCAUCAUUGUCCGCGUGCUCGAUGUGAAUGACAACGCCCCUUCAUUUGACAAAGACAAAUACUUCGUAAAUGUGAUGGAAAACUCCCCGAUUGGCAGUCUGGUAAUAAAACUAAACGCCACUGAUUUAGAUGAAGGCUCUAAUUCUGAUAUUGUUUAUUCAUAUAGUUUAUAUACAUCAGAGAGAACACAACAGGUGUUUACCUUGAAUCCAGAAAAUGGUGAAAUCAGAGUGAAAGAGAUGAUAAAUUACGAAGAUUCUAAGCUUUAUGAAAUGGAGGUUAUUGCCAGCGACAAGGGGCCUAACUCCUUAUCUGGACAGUGUAAACUGACAAUACAGGUGACAGACAUGAAUGACAAUCACCCAGAAAUAUCCAUCAAAUCAUUUCAAAGUCCAAUUAAAGAAAACGAACCGAUAGACACAGUGAUAGCAGUAGUUAGUGUGAGUGAUAAAGACUCAGGAGACAAUGGAGUGGUGGAUCUUCAUAUUCCAGAUAAUAUGCCUUUCAAACUGAGGGAGUCCUCUGAUAACUAUUAUGAAUUAGUGGUGUCAGAGCCGUUAGACCGCGAGAAGGUUCCAGAAUAUGACGUCACGUUCACUGUGACAGACAGAGGUUCUCCUCCUUUAUCUGACAAUGAAACUAUGACGUUAGAACUGCUGGAUGUUAAUGACAAUGUCCCACAGUUCCCUCAGUCAUUUUAUACUAUACGUGUGAUGGAGAAUAACGCACCUGGAGCCCUGCUCAGCUCUCUCACUGCGUUUGACCCUGACCUCCAUGAAAACCAGUAUCUAGUUUAUUUCAUCCUGGAGAAGGAGAUAGCCAACACCUCCAUGUCCAUGCUGUUCUCCAUCAAUCCAGAGAACGGCAAUCUUUACGCACUGAAAACUUUUGACUAUGAGAUCGAGAAGGACUUUCUUUUCCACAUCGAGGCCAGAGACUCUGGCUCUCCUCCACUCAGCAGUAACGUGACGGUCCACAUCAUUAUUGUGGACCAGAACGACAACGCUCCGGUCAUUGUGUCUCCGUGGCGCGCGCACGGCUCGGUGGUGGAGGAAAAGAUCCCCAGAUCCACCGAUAAAGGCUCUCUGGUGGCCAAAGUCAUAGCCUUAGACACAGACUCGGUGCACAACUCUCGGAUUACCUACCAGUUUCUACAGGUGACUGACGCCACCUUGUUCAGUCUGGACCAGUACAACGGAGAGAUCCGGACUAUGAGGAUGUUCAGUUACAGAGACCCGCGCCACCAGAGACUGGUUGUUGUUGCCAAGGACAACGGGGAGCCUGCUCUGUCUGCUACAGUCACCAUCAAGCUGUCCACAGUGGAGACUGCCGUUAAGGCCUACUCUGACAUGACUGAGGUGCCUCUAGAAUAUGACAUCUUUUCAGACCUCAACCUGUAUCUGGUCAUCGGUCUGGGCUCGGUGUCAUUUCUCCUGCUCAUCACCAUAUUGGUCACCAUCGUGCUCAAGUGUCAGAAACCCAAGCCCAGCAAAGCGGCUCCUCCCUGCAGGAACAGUGUGCUCAGUGAGAGGAACUCCACCAUCGCAGAUUCCACUCUGGUCUCCAACGAUGCCUACUGGUACAGUCUGUUUCUAGCAGAGACCAGGAAAGGAAAGCUGGUGGUCAGACAGCCUGUGCCAAAGGGCUCCAGAUACAUCGUGUCCAGUAUACCGAGAGGGACAGGGCUGACAGACACUAGUGACUCAGCAGCUUCUACUCUGCAGUACCCUAAAUGAGGAAAGUCCACUCAGCAGCUGGAGGCUUCCACCACCAGCAGCGGCAGUUCGGCAUAAGGCCACACCUCCAGCUGCGUACUGCAUGGAUGCUGACAGAAAUGCUUCACAGAGGAAAGGAGACACCCCUACCCGAAACCCCCCUUGCAUCCAUCCUGCUCCAUCUGAUCCUCGUUCCUCACAAUGUGUAGCUGUCAUGCUAUAACACUAAAUGGACUAUGGUGGCUAAUUAAGGACACAAUCCCUGCCCCUCUCUUUCUUUAAGCACAUAAAAAAGCCAAUCAACAAUGCCUCUCUGUCCAUUCAAUAUGCAUGAAGACUGCAUGGCUUCAACCACACUCCAAGAACUUCAUACAAAAAAAGAAAUUGAGACGAGAUACUGGCAAAGAAGACCGUAUGACAAAAUGCACAUGUGGAUUUUUAAAGAAGCCCCAACAAGGACUAUUAGAGUGGACAUGAGAAUGUUGAAAUGCCUUUAAGAGACUGUUUUCCCUCUCUAAAAAUGAAACACAUGUUGGAUAUUACAUUUUUAUCCUCUGUGCUUUGUCUUGCUCCAUAACAGCAUUGAUGUAUUAUAUAUAAGUUUACAUAGACGUGAUGCAGCACAAUUAACUCAAUGUCAGAAAAGCACCAACCUACGAUUUCAAAGUAUGAAACCAAAAGGGAAUCAGUAUUUUAUAAAUAUAGUAGCUUUUAGUCGUUUCAUGUUUUGUACUUGACUUUGUGCUUCAUAUGUGAGCUAGGCCUAAAUAUGUGAAUGAGAGUGGUGAGAGUUAAGUUCAGCACUACAUCAAACAGAUAAAGGGUGAGGCCUUCAGCCUUUAAGUAUCUGCCUUUCAGUUGUUUUUGCAUGGUAUAAUCAAAGUAUUCUGAUGGCUUUAGAUAUUUUAUGUUAAGGAACAAUCCAUGUUCAAUAGUUAAGCCUCUCUGUUUAUUCUUUUUCAAAACAAGAUUGAAGAUUAAAUAUUAAUGAGGUCAUAACGAAGAAGUACUACAGUAUAAUACUUUUGUUUUGCAGUCGUGGUACCAGAGAGGUAAGUGUAUUCUCAUCUGAAACUGACUAUGUACAGUGUGCUUGAUUGUUAUGUUCUCUUGGACAUUGGAGAGUAUGAGUAUAGGGAUUUAAACUGAACUAAAAUUGAUUGAAUAUUAUCUCCUUAUAUACUAUUGUAUACAUCACAUGUACUUUCACUUUUUAAUCUGUAAAGCCAACGUCUGGAUGUUCCUUAAUUUUAACAUCUUCUGAGGUUGUGUAACAAGUUGAAAACUCACUUAAUGACUUAAUGUUUACUUUACAAUACUGAAAUAACAAUACUGUUGGUUUGACCCAAUGGAAGUUGUGCUUAUGUAUAUAACUGACUGUAUGUAUCUGCAUAUACAACACAUAAAUAGGGAAAUAGACUUGACUGACAUAUAUAUCAUAUAUCUGUAACUAUUAAUGUGCUUUUAUUUCUCAAUACAAAUGCUGAACUUUUUAAGGUGAACAAAAACAACCCCGUGCCAUCUGUUUUAUGGGCCAACUAGCUUGUGAAACACUGAAACAAUCAGACAUCUUGCAUUUCUUGUGUAAAGUUGUCAUGUUUUACAGGCAAACAUAUA